AUGGAGAAUAAUGUGAUGUUGAUCGCUUUUGAGAGCUUGUUUCUUCUCUGUCUGAAUUUUGUUUUAGAAAAAGAAGAGAAGAAAAAAUGGAAAGAGAUAAAACUGUUGAAGAAGCUGGAGAAAGAGAGAGCGCGAGAGCAGAUGGAGAAAGAGAGAGAAGAAACAAAACCAACGGAGGAAAAAGGGCGGCACUACACAGUCAGUGUGGCUGUUCCCGGUUCGAUUCUAAGUAACGCCCAGUCUCCUGAAUUGCGGACGUAUCUGGCCGGACAGAUAGCCCGCGCCUGCGUCAUCUUCUGUGUGGACGAAAUUGUGGUGUUUGAAGAACAAGGAGAAACUACCAAGACCAUCGAAGGCAAGUUUGAAGGCAUCAGGGGCAAAGGCCAGGCCUGUGUCCAGCUGGCCCGGAUCCUUCAGUACCUGGAGUGCCCACAGUAA